AAGAAUGUCAUGACUUCGCCACAAAAAAAGAGAACCAAAAUGACCGAAUUUGAGGUUAAAAACUACAUUAACGGACAGUUCAUUGAUGGAGGAGAGACAAUAGAUAAUUAUGACCCGUCUACUGGGAAGGUUUAUUCGAAAGUCCCUGACAGUUCUGCGGAAGAGGUCAACCUUGCAAUUGCAGCAGCGAAAAGUGCAUUUCUGGAAUGGUCUGCAUCAACUCCUCAAGAGCGCUCCAAGGUGAUGAUGAAGAUAGCCGACAUUUUGGAAUCACGCUUGGAUGAGUUUGCCAAAGCAGAGUCACGUGACCAAGGGAAGACGGUCACCGUGGCAACCACUGUUGACAUCCCAAGGGCAGUCUACAACUUCCGUUUCUUUGCUACUGCAAUCUUGCACUACACUCAAAGUUCGUCCACUCUUGACGGAGUUGACGCGAUAAACUAUGUCACAAGAGACCCAGUAGGUGUCGCUGGGUUGAUCAGUCCAUGGAAUCUUCCCCUUUAUCUGCUGACAUUCAAGAUAGCGCCGUGCAUCGCGACUGGCAACACCUGCGUUUGCAAGCCGAGCGAGAUGACGUCAGUGACGGCUUGGAUGCUGUGUGAGGUCUUCAGAGAGGCAGGACUACCGCCUGGUGUUGUCAACAUGGUGUUUGGCACCGGGCCAAGAAGUGGACAGGCUUUAGUUCAACAUCCUGAUGUCCACCUGAUUUCCUUCACGGGUAGUACGCCAACUGCUGAGAAAAUACAACAUGCUACGGCACCAUUCUGCAAGAAACUUUCACUGGAGCUCGGUGGUAAAAAUGCUGGCAUUGUUUUCAAUGAUGCUGAUCUUGAGAAAUGCAUUCCAACCAUGAUAAGGUCGUCGUUUGCCAACCAAGGCGAGAUUUGUCUGUGUACAAGUCGGAUAUUUGUCCAACAUGGAAUAUACAGCGAGUUCCUUGAGAAGUUUGUCAAAGCCACGAGAGCGUUUAAAGUGGGCGACCCUGCUGACAAAUCUUCCCAAAUGGGGGCGCUGAUAAGUAAGGAGCAUUAUGAGAAAGUGAGCGGCUAUGUGAAGUUGGCAGAGAUGGAAUGCGCUACGAUAAACUGUGGACAUAGAGUGGAUCAGUUGGUCCUACCGCCUGAGAAGUCAGAGGGUUACUUCAUGCUGCCUACAGUCAUCACGGACGUGUCGGACGUCUCUCGUCUCAUGCAGGAGGAGAUAUUCGGCCCGGUCACGUGCAUCGUCCCGUUCCACACGGAAGAGGAAGUGGUGGCACGUGCCAAUGGUGUCAAGUAUGGACUCUGCGCCUCAGUCUGGGCACAGGAUGUCGGUGUCGUACAUCGUGUUGGUCGCAAGCUCAAGGUUGGGACCGUCUGGUGUAACUGCUGGUUAGUACGUGAUCUCAAUAUGCCGUUCGGUGGAGUGAAGAGUUCUGGUAUAGGUAGCGAAGGAUAUCCAUAUUCGUUAGAGUUCUUCACGGAGGCCAAAACCAUCUGUAUCAAGACGUCCUAGGGACUGGUUGUGACACCAGGCACUUGUAGCAUUGAACAAUAACACUUGACUAGGCUGGUGGGGACUGGUUGUGACACCAGGCAUUUGUAGCAUUGAACAAUAACACUUGACUAGGCUGGUGGGGACUGGUUGUGACACCAGGCACUUGUAGCAUUGAACAAUAACACUUGACUAGGCUGGUGGGGACUGGUUGUGACACCAGGCACUUGUAGCAUUGAACAAUAACACUUGACUAGGCUGGUGGGGCAUGGCAGCUAUACUAGAUUUAGCCAUCCAAAUGCACGGUAUUUUGAUGGUUAGAGGAACAAAUCAUGUUCAAAAUUUCUAUUUUCAUGACGACAAUCUUGUGUGUGAGCAUUUGGAGAGCUGAGACAAGUCUCAGUUGUUCUUGGUCUUUUGAUUUAGUCGUACCACUAUAUUGGUACUUCAGUCCAUUAAUGCAUUUAAUCAGCUGAAGUUGGCCUAUCACGACAUUGUUGUAUAGAUAAUGUUGCAUGCACUUGCUCAACUUGAAGGGUAAACGUGGGCGUGUGAUUUAGCUAGACAGGAGGAUAGUUUGCCUACUCGCCACUAUGUGUAGCCACAUGUAGCAUCACACUAAUACUGAUCUCUAAAAAUGAUCCUUGAAAGUAUUACAAGGAGGUUUUGAACUUGGCUUGUGCAUUUCAACUGACAUUGUUACAAAAACAAUGUUAGUUCUUGGCAGCUAAAUGUAUAUUGUGGAUAAUGGUAGUCAUCAUUUACAGAACUGAAAUAUUGUUGGCAUGAAAUGCAAAGAUCUUUUAAGUAAUAAAGUAUGCUUCAGAUA